CAACAAGUCCCUGGAGUGCCGUCCGUGUGUUCAGUUAGAGUGAAAGUGACACGGCAAGGGAAGGAGGGAGAGAGAGAGAGAGAGAGGGAAACGCCGGCUGCUUCCUUACCUGCUUCCACCAAAUGCAAAUCUCCAGCCGGCUCAUCUUGCUCGCCUGCACGCACCAGACGGGUUAGAGCGGGCGCGGGGUGGGGGGAGGUAAAGUGAGCUGGACUUUUUCUCUCUUUCCCUGCGUGCAUUCUAUGGGGUGUCCUGAGAAGACUUUGGCGGGGAACUUUGAAGCCCACUCCCCACGUGUCGGGAGGGAGGCAAUUCAAAAGGAGGGGGCGAGAGAGAGAGACACGUUUUCUCUCCCCCUCCCCACCCCGCGCGCCACUUCUUUCCCUGGAUUGUUCCAGCUGGGUCUCGUUGCCAACCCCCUUCUCGUUUAUUAAGAUCACGUAAGAAGAAGAACCCAAAGGGGGAGAAAACGUGUCUGUGAGCUCAGGCGUUUGCGUAAAUCCGAGAUCGGUUUUUAAAGAACUCCCUGCCAGCCCGUCGCUUUCCGUUUCCUUCCUGUAGCCACCAAGGUGGUGGAAGAGUUGAGGCUUGCGGAUAUUGCAAAGGGUUGUUAUUAGAUUCAUAAGUCACACCAAGUGGUGGGCGAUCCACUGAGCCGAGCAGAACUUCUCACAUGAUGACUUCAAACGAGACACAUUACCUCCCAGCAUCUGUUGGAGAGACUGGAUUUUAAAGGCACUUCUGUCGCCAGGACAGCAAAGAAACAAUGUUCCACCAAGUGAAAAGAGUGAUGACCAUCCUUUUCCUUACUAUGGUUAUUUCAUACUUCAGUUGCAUGAAAGCUGCCCCAAUGAAAGAAGUGAGCAUCAGAGGACCAGGCAGCUUGGCUUAUGCCGGUCUCCGGACACAGGGAAACCUGGAGAACCUCGGCGGGCCCAAUGACGCCUCCAGAGGAUUGACGUCCUUGGCGGACACUUUUGAACAUGUCAUAGAGGAGCUCCUGGAUGAGCAGCAGGUCAUCCAGCCCAGCAAGGAAAAUAAGGAUGCCGACUUGUACUCAUCUCGGGUGAUGCUAAGCAGUCAAGUGCCUUUGGAGCCACCACUGCUCUUUCUGCUUGAGGAGUAUAAAAACUACUUGGAUGCUGCAAACAUGUCCAUGAGGGUCCGGCGUCACUCCGACCCGGCUCGCCGCGGGGAGCUGAGUGUGUGUGACAGUACGAGCGAGUGGGUGACGGCGGCCGAGAAAAAAACUGCGGUGGACAUGUCGGGGGCAACCGUCACAGUCCUGGAAAAAGUCCCGGUACCCAAAGGCCAACUGAAGCAAUAUUUUUAUGAGACCAAAUGCAACUCCAAGGGUUAUACGAAAGAGGGCUGCCGGGGCAUAGACAAGAGGUACUGGAAUUCCCAGUGCCGAACUACCCAGUCUUAUGUGCGAGCUCUCACUAUGGAUAACAAGAAGAGAGUUGGAUGGCGGUUUAUAAGAAUAGACACUUCCUGUGUUUGUACACUGACCAUAAAAAGGGGAAGAUAGUGGAUUUGUGUUGUAUAGAUUAUAUUGAGACAAAAUUUAUCUAUUUGUAUAUAUACAUAACAGGGUAAAUUAUUCAGUAAGAAAGAAAAAAAAUAAUUUUAUGGACUGCAUGUAUAAAUGAAGUUUAUACAGUACAGUGGUUCCACAAUCUAUUUAUUGAACAUAUCCAUGAGCUAAAGAGGAACAAGACAGAGAGAGAGAGAGAAAGAGAGAGAGAGAUAAAUUCAUUUGCGCACAACUUUGAGAAAAAAAAUGCAUUACAUUCCUCUAACAUUGUGGUUUGUUGCUGUUGCCAAGAAUUGAAAACUUAAAAAAAUUAAAAAAAUAAAAUUGCAUGCUGCUUCAAUUGUGAAUUGAUGAUAAACUGUCCUUUCAAAAAAAAGAAAAUGAACCAAAACAUUCCGUUUACAUUUUAGACAGUAAGUAUCUUGAUUCCUAUUAGUAUUAUAUCUGUUUACUGCUUUUAAAUUCUUCUGGUAGCGUUGGAAUUAAAACAAUGUCAAGGUGCUGUUGUCAUAGUUUUACUGUUGAUUUUUUUUUUUAAUUUUAAAAUUCCCACAUGGUUUUAAAAAGAGGAGAUUACUCCCUGUCAUCACCGUAUAUGUUCUGGAUAAAACAAAUUUGGGGUUUUUUUGUAUGUUGUGAAGGUGUUUGCAAUAUCAAAUCAGACUACUGAAAAAAAUAAUAAAAAAAGGCAACUGAAAAAGACA